CGCUUUUCAAUAAUUCAACUGACAUUUAAGAUGGCGUCCGAUAAAAACAUAGGGUUUGUUUGUGUUUACUUCAAGUUUAUUUAAGUUUUCGUUGUUCAAGCGUUAGAAAACGUGCACAUUUCAACCACGUUUGUUAAACUAAUUCGCUUCUCUAAACGGAAAUCUUACAAAAACUUCAAUUAUAACCAUGAGGAAUGUUUUUAGUGGUCCUCGUAUGAACAUGUCCCAAAUGAAUGGGAAUGGCCGUAACACCACCAGCAGUAGACCACAAACAUCACAACGUGUCCAAUCAUCAGUAGAAAGACCCACCUGUGCUCAACAUGAAGAUCUAAUCAGAUACAUACAUGACUCCUGGAAUCAAGUUUCACAAGAACUUGAUAAAACUGCUGUUUAUUAUCGUGAACAAGAGAAUCAUCAUUUGAGAAAUUUCGAACCAUUUGAUCUGGAAGCUUAUUGGGGUAGGAGAGUUGUGCAGCAAUCGCAAAACUCAUAGCAGCACCAACGAACUCAAUAUCGAUAUCGAGACGGAUGAGGAAUAAAUAUUAAUUAUUAGGCAAUGAUAUAACACGAUGUAUAUCGUGCGAUUUUUUCUAUUUUAUUUUUUAUUAUUUUUUUGAUUCAGUGUACAUUGUAUUUAGUGAUUCUUUCUCUAUUUACUUUUUAUACACACAAUUUUUUUCUAUAAUUUUAUUUUUUUCACGAUGGUAAUUAAUCUGGAUAAUUGUCUAAUCAUGCAAAAAUAUUUACAUAAAAUUUCGUAAAGAUUAAUUGUAGAAUUUAUAUUAAAACAACAAUUUUUUUAUCCCAGAAAAACAAUUUAUUAUUGUACAUGUAUAUUUAUAUACCCAAUUAUAUUAAUUUUGUUUUUAAACAUUCCCUAUUCUAAAUAAUUGUUGUCACCCAUGACUAUUGUAAUUGUAAUUAUUAUAUGUAUAAUUAUUAUUAUCACCUUUAUGUAUUGUCACAACGAUUUCAUCAUCUUUCUAUUUAUGUCGGUGUCGUCUUUUUUAAUUUCCUUAAUUAUUUUUCUUUUACAUUUUUUUAAUUACUUUAUGUACUUGAACAUUUUCUAUUCGUUGUAAUGUGCUAUUUGUAUUGUGGUUACAGAGAAUUUUGUACCGAUUUAUUAAUUAUAUUAAUUCUACAACAUA